CCUGCAGCUGGACAAGCUGACCACCGAGAUGCGGCUGUACUACCAGAGCAGCGGCUGCGCGGCAGAGCUCGCCAGCGCCCAGGCAGGGGACAUCGUGGCCGCUCCCUAUGGGGACAGCAGCGACUGGUACCGAGCCCGCGUCCUGGGCACCCUGGAGAACGGCAACCUUGACCUUUACUACGUGGAUUUUGGGGACAACGGGGAGGCCCCCCGCGAGGCGCUGCGGGCCCUGCGGAGCGACUUCCUGAGCCUGCCCUUCCAGGCCAUCGAGUGCAGCCUGGCCGAUUUGGGGAACCGGGGAGACGUGGUCAGCGUCAAGAAACACCUGGGUCGCAACAAGCUGCUGCCGCAGGGGCUGGCUGUCUACGCGUCGCCGGAGAACAGAAAGAUGUUUGAGGAGGAGAAGAAGCUGCGCCAGGAAGGGAAGCUGGAGGUGCUCCAGACCCAGAGCGGGGAGAAGACCAUCAGGUUCCUCAAGAGCUGCCGCCUCGAGGUGGGCAUGAAAAACAACGUCAAGUGGGAGCUGAACAACGAAAUCGUGGCUCGCCACUUCCUCAAAAACGUGAGUGGUUCUCGCCGGCGUUGCCCGGAGCCGGCUCCGUGCCGGCCAGAAGCUCUGUGCCGCUGCCGGGAGCGAGCGGGGCCGCGGGAGUCGGUCGUGGGGGCCCGGAUCCCGGGGGACGUGGCCGAAGGGGUUUAG